AUGAUCAUCUUCGAGGGGGUGAACUUCAUAAGGGAGAGGAGCCGAGGAGUGCUCACGAGGUGGGUCUGCGGAAGGAAACGGAGGCUGCAGUGCAUCGCAUCAUUGACGACCGUGGACGGGGAAGUCAUCAAGAGGGCUCGUCCGCGGAAAUACCACGGACUUACAGAAAAGCAACGAAAAGAAGAACUGUUCACAUCUUUGUAUUUUGUCUCGUUAGUAGCUGAGACCAAAGUUCUGGAAGCAGACGAGGUCAUCAUGAUACCGACCAGGAGUGGCAAGAAGUUCCUGCUGAUGCUGGACGGGUACACGUACUCCCAAGUGCAUUACAGCACGCACUGGCUGUGCUCUUCGAAGGCGACUGGGUGCACCGCGAGAGUUCGCCGUCUACCAGAGGGCCCCGUGUUAAGGGUCAACACGCAGCAUACGCACCCACCGCCAAACUACAUCUUCAAGGACGGCUCUUAUUACAAAAUC